UCACUUAUCAGUAUUAACUUUAUAGUCAAUUAGUGAACACUUUUUGGUUAUUGGUUAAUAAUUAUCGUAUUAAGAGAAUAGUGUGUUAAUUCGCGGAAAAUAAGCAUAAUAAUUGCUUAAGUUGUAAUAGUUCGAUAGUCAAUAAAAACAUAACAUAUGUGUUUACGCCAAACUAUCAAAUGUUUUAAUUAUUUUUACAGUUUGUUUUAUUAAAUACAGAAAACGGAAAAUUAACAAAAUGUCUUUAUUAGAGAAGGAAUGGUUUAUACAAGCACCGUGGGGUAGAAUAUGCAUUGUAGCAUGGGGUGACUGUUUGGAUCCACCUGUUCUUGUAUGCCAUGGGAAUAUAGAUUCCGCUGCCAGCUUCAGACCUCUUAUAUCAUUAUUGCCAAAGAAGUUCUAUUAUGUAGGUAUGGAGUUACCAGGGAACGGUAAAUCGGAUCCGUUUCCUCCUGGUGUGUUAUUCAGUUCACAUGACUUUUUAUAUUCCAUUGUAGUGGUUGUGAGACAUUUCCGAUGGGAGAAAUUUAUCUAUCUGGCUCAUUCCUUCGGCAGUAGCUUGGGCAAAAUGUACGCAAUGGCGUACCCAAAUAAGUUAUCAAAAAUAAUUGAAUUGGAUCCAAUUACGGUUAACGGUGUAAUGGAUCACCAAAACUAUUCAAUAUGGUAUCAAAGAUCUUACCACGAAUAUUGCAAAAACUAUGACAAAUAUAAUCUUCCAAAAGAGUUCGGACCGAAAUAUAAAAAGGAAGAGGCUAUAGCUAAAUUAGUAAAAAAUAGACAGUUAACAAAAGAGACCGCGGAAGCCACGCUUGACAGAUGGUCAGAACCAACUGGAGAUGGCCAUAUACGGUUCACAUUCGAUCAGCGUUUAAAGAUAUUCGUUCAUUAUCAAAUAUCAGAGAAAUUAGCAAAAGAAUUGUACACAAAUAUUAAUAUACCGACAUUAGCUUUCGUCACUGACGUAUCUAUUGACAGGGGCUUGUAUAAAACGACGCCAUUUUUCUUAGACGAGAAAUCAUAUCCUGCCGGUAAUUAUAGAGUUAGAUUUGUCUCUGGUUACCAUGAUGUUCAUGUUGUUAAACCAGAAAUUCUAGCACCUUAUAUUACUAACUUUUUAUUAUACGGGCUUCAGGGUCUUGAUAAUACUUCAAAGUUGUAAUUGAAAUUUGAAAAGAAAAUCUAUAAAUGGAUAGGCUAUUGCUUGGAAAUGAUUGCUUUGUACCGAAUUAC